AAACAUGCAAUUCAAUAACUCAAGAUUGCUUGAAUUUAAGAUCCAUUUGGGUUUGAACUAUUUUACUAUCUGGGAACGAGUCUUACUCAUCGUGUUGACACAAUCAAAUUGAAAACCAUGUAAAGAGAUAUCAGCAAAGCCAUAUCUCAUCUUCCUAAUCUCUCUCUCUCUCUCUAAAUUAAUUAGCAGAGAAUUUUAUACCCCUUUCCACUUGAGAAAAAUGAAGAAACGAAAGAAAAAAGCAUGCCCGGACCGACUCAGCGAGUUACCAAACUCAUUAAUUCAUCUAAUCUUUUCAUUCCUCCCAACCAAAUACGCUGUUCGAACAACCCUUCUCUCCAAACGAUGGAGAGAUUUCUGGCUCACCGUGCCUACCCUCAAUUUCCACGAUCGCGAUUUCCUCUACCGUCGCGAGGCACCACUCUUCGACUUCGUCGACCUCGCUCUCAUUCUCUGGAACGGCGCACGCCUUUCCAGAUUCGACCUCGCUUUCAACUACCAUCGCCACGAAUCAGGAGAAUACGAAUCCCGCUCUUAUCGGAAUUAUUGGUCCGCUUCCCUAAUUCUCGAUCUGUGGCUGCGAUUCGCGGCGGAGAACGCGGUGGAGGAGCUGAUCCUGGAUCUGAUCGACGGCGACGACGCCAAGGAGGGCCUUUUUCGUGAGACAUACUGGCUGCCGCAGCGCUUGUAUUCGUGCUCGUCGAUUAGGGAGCUCUCGCUCGCAGGUUGUGUAGUGAGCAUCAAUGGCGGCGUGAAUUGGGAUCGGCUUAGGGUUCUGAGGAUCGAAGGCUCGUGGCUGAGAGGAUACAACGUCGGCCGAGUCCUGCGCGGCGCGCCGCGGCUGGAAGUGUUGAUUCUGCGUGUUUUUGGGGGUGGCGGGCGAUUGAGUAUUGUGUCGGAUAGCUUGAAGAAGGUGGUGGUUGAGAGAUACGAACGCGGCGAUGGUGACGACGAUGGUGAUUUGGAUUAUGAAGAGAUGAAAGAAGUCAUGGACAUCUGCGCGCCUAAUGUUGAGACGUUGCAGGUUUUGGGAGUUAUGUACCGUGAAUGUGUGGUGGAGGAUGUGUCGUGUUUGCGAAAUGCGAUUUUUGAGUUUGAUCUCUCUCGAGAUUAUCAACAUGGGAGAUCUCCUGGUUAUGAAUUGGUUGAAGAUGUUUUGGGGCAAGAUCAUCCUACUCGAGUUGAAACUGUCACGUUAUCAUCAGACUUUGAGGUGAUGGCAGAUAUGAAAAAGAAAUACUGUAUGCUAGCAUCAUUAUCGAGCACAAGGUGUUUAAAACUGUAUGCUACUAAAGUUGAGAAGAUAGUUGAAAUUCUCCAAGUUUUCCCUAGGAUGAUGAUGUUAGUCCUUCAACACAGUGAUCUGCGUGAAGGUGAUCACCACGACGUCUUUGAAAUUAUUCGUGAUGACGAACAAGCAAAUUUCUUGGAGUCUAAAACAGAUUUUCCCGAGUCCAGUCUUCUGCAGCUACGUACAGUUGAGAUUACUUGGUAUGCAGACGACGACGCGAUUUUUCCAUUUAUAGAACUUCUGCUGAAAUAUGGUAGGAAGCUGGAGAAAAUGGUGAUAAUGUGGCUGAAAAGAAAUGGAGAAGUUGUAGAAAAAGAAGAGUGUUUUGCUUUGGCAGAAGAGAAAGUGUUGAGUAUGUGGAGAUCCUCCCCUACUGCAAAUGUUCAACACAAAGAGUUGCCCCUAUCUCAAUGAAAUUUAUAUUUAAUGUAGAAUUUUUGAACUAGACUUUUCUUCAAAAAAGAAA